AUGGAAGGCUUUGAUGCUUUAGGCCUUGACGCUUCGGAAAUGUGCCUUAUCCCCGGUAUAGUCAUACCUGCCAAGUUCAAAGUCCCCAACUUUCAAAAGUACAAGGGAGCCAGUGAUCCUAGGACACAUAUCCGAGCAUACAGUCGAAAGAUGGCCGCUUACUCCGAUGAUGACAGACUUCUUACGCACUUCUUCCAAGACUCUUUAAGUGGAGCAUUUUUAGAAUGGUAUAUGCAAUUGGAAGGAACUCAUAUUCAUACAUGGAGGGAAAUGGCCGAGGACUUCCUCAAACACUACCAAUACAACACCGACAUAGCGCCCAAUUGCACACAGUUGCAAAAUCAGACUCAUAAGUUCGAAGAGACUUUUAAAGAGUAUGCACAACGGUGGAGGGAACUAGCCGCAAGGGUACAACCUCCAUUGUUGGAGCAUGAAUUGGUAGACAUGUUUAUGGGUAACCUACAAGGCCCUUACUUGGACAGAAUGGUAGUAAGCACGUCCUCUGGUUUCUCUGGUUUGGUCUUAGCUGGUGAAAGAAUAGCGAAUAUGAUCAAGAUGGGUAAAAUCCAAAACUCUACAAGUACCUCCGGUCUUAUGAAGAAGCCCUAUGUAGCCUAUGGGAAGAAAUGA